UACAGAGAUGUGAGCAGACUGAGGCUGGUCGGCGUUCAGCUCGUACGAGGAUGGUUUUGCAGUCAUGGCUUUUUUAAAGACGCAACAACGAACUAAAGAAAGAUUUUCUCUCCUGUUGCUGGAUUUGGAGGAAUAUUAUUUUGAACAGCACACUGCAUACCAUGUGACAACCAGUUCAAAAAAGGAGAGAAGAGUCAGAGGCUCGUUCAAGGUCUGUUCCAGAUCUGUCAUAUUUGAUCCAGAGGAUCUUGCAGAGCCAAUUUUAAAGAUUCCUCUUCGAGACUGUAAGAAGAUCGAGUGUGUGUCGCGAGAGAACAACCCCUUCAAUGAGCCGAGGCCAUCUGCCAUCUCUAUUUCAUGUGGACAGGUUAUUUACAUCAAAGAGAGUAAUGUCAUAGCACCUUACAGAAAUGAAAGGGGGUCAAAGAGAGUGGCCUUUCAGCUGGAAGGUUGGAGUAAAACUGAAGAUGUCGUUCAAACAUUACUUCAGCUCCACAGGGCGUCCUGUCUCGACAAGCUUGGAGACCAGACGGCAAUGAUUGCAGCCAAUUUGCAAUCUCGACUGGCGAGGUCAUCUUUUGACAAAAACUGCUUUCAUAGUGUCACUGAGAAGCCUCACAUGGAGUGUGCCGUGGAGAUGGUCAUGCCUCUGGUGUCCAAUCCAGGCCACGUCUGCAUAACGGAUGAAAGCCUCUACUUCCAGCCUCUCAAUGGAUAUCCGGAACAGGUGAUUCCAAUCAAACUCCAAAGUGUCAGGAGAAUCUACAAAAGACGGCACGGACUCCGACCUCUGGGCCUUGAGGUGUUCUGUACUGAGAAUGAUUUCUGCUCUGACAUCUACCUGAAGUUUUACAAGACUGCUGAUAGAGAUGAAAUCUACUAUUACAUUGCAACUUUCCUGGAGAACCAUGUGACUGAGCACACCGCGGAGAGUUACAUGCUGCAGUGGCAGCGCGGCCAUCUGAGCAACUACGAGUACCUUCUCCACCUCAACAACCUGGCGGACCGGAGCUGCAACGACCUCUCCCAGUACCCCGUCUUCCCCUGGGUCGUUGAUGACUACACCAGCGCGCGGUUGGAUUUGUCAAAUGCUGCCACAUUCAGGGACCUGAGCAGACCGGUGGGAGCACUAAACAAGGAGCGCCUCGACCAGCUGCUGGCUCGCUACAGAGGCAUGCCUGAACCUCGCUUCAUGUAUGGCAGUCACUACUCGUCUCCGGGCUACGUCCUCUUCUACCUGGUCCGAGUCGCUCCAGAGCACAUGCUGUGUCUGCAGACCGGCCGCUACGACCACGCCGACCGCAUGUUUAAUAAUAUAGGUGAUACAUGGAAAAACUGCUUAGAGGGGGCAACGGACUUCAAAGAGUUGAUUCCAGAGUUUUACGGGAAUGACUGCGGCUUCCUCGAGAACAAACUGAGGCUUGGUCUGGGGAGGAAGCAGAACGGAAGCUUAGUGGGGGAUGUUGUUCUUCCACCGUGGGCCUCAGACACCAGGGAUUUUCUUCAAAAGCACAGGACGGCGCUGGAGAGUCAGUAUGUGUCGGAGCACCUUCACGAGUGGAUUGACCUGGUGUUUGGCUUCAAACAGAGAGGCAGUGAAGCCCUCGCAGCCCAUAAUGUGUUUCACCCACUGACCUAUGAAGGAGGCAUCGACUGCGAUAGCAUCGAGGACCCGGACCAGAGAAUCGCCAUGCUGACCCAGAUCCUGGAGUUCGGCCAGACGCCCACACAGCUGUUCACCACCCCUCACCCUCAGAGGAUCACGCCACGGUUUCAAAACAUAACCCGAAGCCCGAGCAGCAACUCCACAAUCAGUGACCUGUCUCCAGCCUCUCAGAGUGAGGACUCGUCCUUCGAAGACCUGACCGAGGAGAGCAGGAAGUUAGCCUGGACAAACAUGGGAAAUCUGACACUCGUCUCCAGCCACAAGAUCCAUAAAGAGGCUGUGACGGGCAUCGCCGUGUCUCCUGAUGGAGCAGCUAUUUUCUCCACAUCUCAAGAUACAACACUUAAAAUGUUUUCCAAAGAGUUGAAGGACUUCCAGAGAAGCAUGUCCUUCUCUAACAUGGCGUUGUCAUCGUGUUUGAUGCUGGCGGACGGUAAAACGGCAGUGUGCUCUUCCUGGGACAACAAUGUUUAUUUCUACUCCGUCCCAUUCGGCAGGCGGCAGGACACAUUGAUGGGCCACGAUGAUGCGGUCAGUCAAAUGUGUUGGUUUGACGACCGGCUGUACACUGCGUCCUGGGAUUCCACCGUUAAGGUCUGGCAGUGCGCUGCUCAGAGUUUAAACCACAAGAGAUUCCAGUUUCAGCUGCUGGCUGAGUUGGAGCAUGAUGCUGGGGUGAACACCAUCGGUCUGAAUCCAGCCGGGACUCUGCUGGUUUCUGGCUGUAAAGAUGGAGCCGUCACCAUCUGGGACACCAGCAGCUCCGGCAUACUGCAGCAAGUCCACUGCCACACUGGAACCAUCCACCACGUGGCCUUCAGUCCUGACAGCCGACACGUCCUGAGUGUCGGUGCCGACUCCUGUAUGAAGGUGACCGACGUCCAGUCGGGGAUGGUCAUCUCGACUGUGAAAGCUGUGGAGGAGCAGAGGUGUUUCUGCUGGGACGGGAACUCUGUGCUGUGCGGGGGUCAGUCUGGUGACCUCCUGCUGUGGGACCUGCUCAGCAACACCAUCACCCAAAGGAUCCCUGCACAUUCAGGUGCUGUCACAGCCAUGUGGAUGAGUGAGCUGUGCUCCACGGUGAUCACAGGCGGGGAGGACAGACAGAUAAUCCUCUGGAAGCUCCAGAGUUAGAGGAGCGGUUCUGCACAUCGCUUCUGUUGGAGACUCCCAGUGCGCCGCUCCGCACCGAGCAGCCUGCCUGAGCCAACCAUCCGACUGACCAGAGACUCAUGAAACCGUUGCCCUCUGUAAAGUGCUUUAUCUCGGAGCAGCUGGAGGGAGGUGACGACUUAAGAACCCGUUUAAAUCCAGACGCGCGGUCGCGGACAGUCAUGUGAGUUCAUAGCUUUCUGCACAUUGAGAGAAAAUGUCCAAUUGCAGUUUGGUGCCGGCUGGAAACUGCGACACAGGACACGCCUUCUUUUCCACUUCUGUUUCCAGCUCAUUCUACAUGUGUGGAUUUUCUCUUUUUGAAAUGUAUUAUUUUAUACGCAUCAUGUUCCACGCUGCUUUUUAAAAUUAUGUUUCAAAAGCUUUAUGUGCAUUUUAGUCUGUAAAGUGGACUUACAAUGUCUGUCCAAAGCUUCAUGAAGGCUGCCUGGUGUUAUCAAUAUUUAAAUAACACUGAUCUUAGUAUUAUUUCCUCUCCAGGCUGCAACCAGUAUCAUUUUAUUCCACAAACUAUUUUUCCUUUUGAAGGCUGAUGUUUCAAUCACUCACAAUUCAACACGCUGCUCUUGAGCUUUAAUGUUUGCACAUCUUCAGCACCACACUUGGACCCGGCAAGGCCUCAGGUUUCACUUUACUGGUUUUACUUUACUGGUUUUACUUUACUGGUUUGCAGUGCAGCGAGUCAUCGUUUCUGUCAUAAGCUUUCCCCACAUCAUCGCUCAGCCACACAGCAGGACUGUUUUCUUUCUUUUAAUUUUCAUCUGGUGAAAGUAAACAUCCUAAUGCAGUCGCUGGUGCUUUUACCGUGAACAUCUUCAAAUAGUUUUGUACAGAAAUAACACUUUAAACAUAACGUUAAUUGCCAGGUUAACGAAAAUUAUGAGGAAUCUGCAUUUACAAGGUGAAUAAUAUUAAAUUCAAACUACACAGCG